GAGGCACCUGGGGGAGGAACCAGAAUGGACCUGAAGCCAAAGCAGCCGGGUCCUGGCUCAGAUGAGUGAUUUUCUCUCUGUUACCAGGAAGUAAAAAAAGAAAAUAAGAAAAUGUUUUGACAAAUUCCUUUAGUGACAGAAAGACAAGAGAAGGAAAAGGGACGCUGGGCGCAGGACACUGCGGACACCAUGGACAUGGAACAACCUUUAGACUUCAAAUCGAUCCGUGACAGAUUUAAAGACCCCGACUGCUCAAACACCCUGCCGGCCAACCCUUCUCGGCCAAGGAGCGUAUCCAAUGUGCGCUCUAACCCAGCCCUUUUAGGGGUCAUCUGCGCUUUAGAGAACAAACCUAAGCCUGUACCGCCACAGAUCGCCAAAAAACCCGACGUGGCAGCAAAGCCAAGUCCGGGAGUGCUUCAGAAACCAUCCUCUGGGAACAAGUCGCCUCAAAAUAUGAGGCUAAGUAUUGGAUUUAAACAGACCCUCAAUAUUACAGACCGCCCACAGUCGAGCGGGGAAGGGGUGUGUUCACGAAGUCCACAAUCGUAUAGACAGUCCUGGUCGGCAUCGUCGAAGACAAAUUCAAGUCUGGACGCCAACCAAUCUAACAACCAGGAAUUCUAUGAGGUUAUUGAUGACUCUUUUAAAACUCUAACCUCCGGGAGACCUCAAGUUCCCCUAAAACCCCAGAUCUCAAAUGUUUCAAACAAAAAGUCUUCCCAAGCACUGGAGACCAAUCAUUCCGACAGCCAAGAUUGCUACGAAGUUGUUGAUGAGUCCAUGAAGGCAAAACCAACACAAUCGCGUCCAUUCUUGGCUCGGUUAUCUCAAGCUUUACCCAUUUCAAAGAAAACAUCUGCUCCAGUGAAGGAGAUCCCCCAAUUGGAUGCACAAGAUUGCUACGAAGUUGUUAACGACACCAUGAGAACACCUUCAACUUCCUUUACUUCCAUGUCUUCUUUUCCUGGGCCGGAGAUGAGCCAGCCUGAAGGCCAAGAGUUCUAUGAAGAAGUGGAUCACAAUUUUCAUUCCCAGGCAGAACGUCUGCCCCCCAUCGGUGGAAAUCCUCAACUUCAAGACUCUUUUCCAUGCCCAGUGCCUCCCCAUAGUCUAGAAAUGUAUGAGAUUGUUGAGCAAGACCCUUAUGAAGACAUCAACAGCAGCCUUGACAUACUUAUAGCACCUCCACCACCCUUCAAUGAUGCUCCAAAAUCUCAAAAUGACUCUCCAUCCAUGACCACCAUUCCUAAACCUUUAAGAUCCGUUGAACCCAAACGUAAAAUCUCUUCAUCUGAUCAAAGUUCAAACAAAGAGGACAAGUCGCCCCAGGAGAACAGGUCACCCAAACCACCUGAUGCGAAAAGCAAACCAAAGUUGAAUAUUCCUGGAGAUAAGACGCCGAGGAAGAAACCUUUACCUUCCAUCGAAUCCCUUGGACUGCCUCCACCCAAGGAGCCCAGACCCCCACAGGUGGUCCUCACUCACUAUCAGUCUGCAGCUCCACCAUGUAAUGCAGUGAGGGAGACCCCUACAGUGACUGAGACAGAAUAUGAGCUCCCUACCCCCAGCUCACCCUCCCAUGGAGAAGAAUGCUAUGAUGAUGCCUCCAACCUCCGCGCCUCGAUGGAGAGCGAAUCAAAUGUCUAUGAAGUGGAGGGGCCUCAGGCUGGAACACCAAAAGUGAAGACCUCCAAACCAUCUUUCCCAAGCCCAAGCCCAGAGGGAGGGCGCGAGUGUUAUGACGACGUUGAGACGUCUCGGGAACCUCCAGCGGAUACCAAUAAUGUGUAUGAAGUAGACGAACCCGGCUCUGUACAGUCCCGAGAGCCUCCUGGAGAGACGGCGUAUGAGGUUGCAGAUGAAAAUAAAGAUGUUCGGAGAUCCAGAAAUCUGAAUGGCACCUACCCCGGCUUUAGAUCAUCUGUAUCCGAAGACCAUUACAGCACUGGGACUCUGGACGGAAAUAGGGGUACCCUUCCACGGUGCGACUCCACAGAAGGAAAAAUGUCCAAAAAUGAACAGGCAUUUCGAAAAAAGUACAAGAUUACGGGGCUGGAAGAUGCCAUGUACACCACCACCAUCGUCUUGGACUAUAAGCCUGAGAAGAACAUGCUGCCCUUGAAGAGAGGAGAUGUGGUUGAUGUUCUUCGGAUCACCGACUGUCCUCCAGGCAAAUGGCUGGUGAAAGACAACCAAGGAAAUCAUGGCCUUGUCCCGGUGUCUUGUGUCGAUAUCAGCAAAGAUAUAUUGACCUUUAGCAAUCAACAUCUACUAACCACCCCCUCAUCUCCCAUAUCCGAUCUCUACGCUGAUGUAGAACGGCCUUAUGAUAGUGGAUUGGGAACCGAUCUUUCCGUCGCCUCCGAUAGCAAUUCUGUUAAAUCCGAGGACGCCUAUGACGACGUUGAUAACCGAAGCUCAACACUAAGCAAUAGCUCUGGUGGAAAAAAGAGAGGUUUGGGGAAUUUUUUCAGGAAGGACAAAGGGAAUGAAGUGUGGUCUCCAUCGGCAUCUAUGACUUCAAAUUCAUCAAUGGAUGCCGGGGGUGAAUAUUCUACCAUCGAUGUAAAUGAAAACAAUGGAAGAGAGAAUCAGGAGAAAUCUUCAUGGCGCUCAUUAUUCCAGAAAGGCAAAGAGCAGAAAGGAAAGACUGACGGCUCGCAGAAUGAAGGGAGAGGAGAAGUGUCCGCGAAGAAGAUCGCCAAAGAAGAGAAGAUUUUCCGGGAGAAAUUCAAGUAUAUCGGUGACAUCAAGGUUUCAAGCCUUGCCACCAUCACCGAUUCGGCUCCUCUGAGCCCAAAAGACAAACUGGGGCUCCAAGUAAAGCGAGGAGAGACGAUCGAAGUCAUCGAUGUCACCAACGAGGAUCAGAUCAUCUGCCGCAACUAUGAGGGCAAAUUUGGAUACGUGCGGAUUGAACAUCUAAACUUUCAGCCGAAUUAUUGAAACUUUUUUACUGUAGAAAAUAUUUCCUCAUUGGAAAACCAUCAGAGGGUCAGCUGACGUCUCAGUUUUGGGCGGAGCCUUGUGGAUUGAAACGCUUUUCUGCUAUCGUUUGGGGACUGCUUUGCUGAGAUCUGCACCCCCCCCCCCCCCCCGAUUUCCGGCUCCUUUUGCAGUUUAUGGUUGCUGCCCUAAUGACUGGAUCCUUCACUGUUCAUUUUAAUGACACGCUCCAGAGAGUGCCGCAGCAUGAGUGAGACUGCUCCUUUUUGGUUUCUGCAAUGGGCCAAAGCCAGGAGGUCGGGAAGAAAGAUCUAUGCUCUCUGCUGUCCAAAACCUCUGAGGCUGAUGGGCGAUUUCCCCCCCCCCUCCCCCCCCAAGGAUCGACUUAUAACU